AGCGCAGGCCCGGGAACCCGGCGCUUUUGCUCAUGGGCAGGAAGCGGGAGAGUUCGCCGCCAUGGAUGUGACAGUCGUGCUGUUUAAGCCGUAAUGGGCGUUUCGAGGACAGACAGUCCAGCGGGAGGUCGGGAGGAGGUUCUGCGCGGCGGUGUUUGAGGCUGUGGCAUUGAUGUACUGUGAUGAGGCCUGGGAUAUCCAAUGUCAAAUGAUCUCUCUGUCUUGGGAGCCCCCACUUGCCCUGAUCAGCCCUGUCCUCCUGACAUCUCUAGGGACUGAAAAAAAAAUCUACCAGGCAUCUACCCUUUUGGAAGAGAGUAGAAAAUCAUGAAGUCCCAGGUUUUAGUAUCAUUCAAGGAUGUGGCUGUGGAUUUCACCCAGGAGGAGUGGCAGCAACUAGACCCUGCUCAGAGGACCCUAUACAGGGAUGUGAUGCUGGAGAACUAUAGUCACCUGGUCUCAAUGGGUUAUCCAAUUUGCAAACCAGAUGUCAUCUCCAAGUUGGAACAGGGAGAAGAUCCAUGGAUCAUACAGAGAGACAUAUCACAUUGGAUCUAUCCAGAUGAACAUCAGGCAGAUUGGAGACAAAACAGGAAGAGUAAGCUGCACAACUCCCCCUCCUGUGUUUUGGGGACUAUUUCUUUCCAUAAUAAGCUACUGAAAGGAGUCACAAAGGAUGGUUCCUUGUACUCGAUUUUAAAAGUCUCUCAAGACGAUGACCAGCUGCAGAGAUGUCAGGAAGAGCAAGAGGGACUUUACAGACAAGUCACAUGGGUUAACAGCAAAACAGUGGCUGAGGCAUCAAGCCAUAAAUAUAAUGCAUUGGGAGAAAUAUUUCAAGAGUUCAUAAAGCCAGACAUACCGAGACAAAGACUGCAUAAAUAUGAUUCACUUAAAAAGAAUUUAAAAGCAAAUAUUGACCUACCUAGUUGUAAUAAGAACAGUUCAAGAAAAAACCUUGAUGAGAGUUUUGGAUGUGGAAAAUCAGCUAGCCCCAGUGUUUCCAAUUCUAAUCUUGAGAAAAUUCAUAAUGGAGUAGUAUCCUUUGAUGGUGAUCAGCAUGGAAACGUUUUCAGCAAUAAACGAUCCCUUAUUCAAUGUCAGACUGUUGGAACCAAGGAGAAAACCUGUAUAUGUGUUACGUGUGGAAAAGCCUUUGCUAAGAAGUCACAGCUUAUUGUACAUCAAAGAAUUCAUACUGGAAAGAAACCAUAUGAUUGUGGUGCAUGUGGGAAAGCCUUCAGUGAGAAGUUUCAUCUCAUUGUACACCAGAGAACUCAUACUGGAGAGAAACCUUACAACUGUCCUGAAUGUGGAAAAGCCUUCUCUCAGAAAUCAUCUCUCAUUAUACAUCAGAGAGUUCACACUGGAGAAAAACCAUAUGAAUGCAGUGAAUGUGGGAAAGCCUUUUCCCAGAAAUCACCCCUCAUUAUACAUCAGAGAAUACAUACUGGAGAGAAACCUUAUGGAUGUAGAGAGUGUGGAAAGGCCUUCUCUCAGAAGUCUCAGCUUAUUAUACAUCAUAGAGCUCAUACUGGAGAGAAGCCAUAUGAGUGUACUGAAUGUGGGAAAGCCUUCUGUGAGAAGUCACACCUCAUUAUACAUAAAAGAAUUCACACUGGUGAGAAACCUUAUAAAUGUGCCCAGUGUGAGGAAGCCUUCAGUCGGAAGACAGAACUCAUCACACAUCAGUUAAUUCAUACUGGGGAGAAACCAUAUGAAUGUACCGAAUGCCAGAAAACAUUUUCCCGGAAGUCACAACUCAUCAUACAUCAUAGAACACACACUGGAGAGAAACCCUACAAAUGUAGUGAAUGUGGCAAAGCCUUCUGCCAGAAAUCACAUCUCAUUGGACAUCGGAGGAUUCAUACAGGAGAAAAACCUUAUGUAUGUACUGAAUGUGGGAAAGCCUUCUCUCAAAAGUCCCACCUUCCAGGACAUCAGCGAAUUCACACAGGAGAGAAGCCUUAUAUAUGUGCUGAGUGUGGAAAGGCCUUUUCCCAGAAGUCAGAUCUUGUUUUACAUCAGAGAAUUCAUACUGGGGAAAGACCCUAUCAGUGUGCUGUAUGUGGGAAAGCCUUCAUUCAGAAGUCACAACUCACUGUACACCAGAGAAUUCAUGCAGCAGGAAAGUCAUAAUGAAGUGACCACAGAAAAGCUUUCAGUGUUAGUUCAAGCCUUAAUGAUGAGCAGAAACCCGAUUCAUUUGAUAAAUUUGGAUACAGUAUCUCUACAUUAAAUUAUACAUGGAAGCUCAUGUUUCUAGUAUGGUGAUGCCUAACUUUUUCAGUACAGAUGAUAGAAAGUAAUUUUAUAAAUGAAGGACAUUUUUAACAUGACAUGUAAACCUUUUUUUAAUUUUAUUUUAUUUUGACAGGCAGAGUGGACAGUGAGAGAGACAGAGAAAAAGGUCUUCCUUUUGCCGUUGGUUCACCCUCCAAUGGCUGCCGCAGCCGGCAUGCUGUGGCCGGCGCACUGCGCUGAUCUGGUGGCAGGAGCCAGGUACUUAUCCUGGUCUCCCAUGGGGUGCAGGGCCCAAGCACCUGGGCCAUCCUCCACUGCCUUUCCUGGCCACAGCAGAGAGCUGGCCUGGAAGAGGGGCAACCGGGACAGAAUCCGGCGUCCCGACCAGGACUAGAACCUGGUGUGCCGGUGCCGCUAGGCGGAGGAUUAGCCUGUUGAGCCGCGGCGCCGGCCAUGUAAACCUUUUAAAGCAUGAGGUGAAUGAUCAGUAAAGUAUGUGUAUAGUGUAUUGUUACAUAUUCCUUACACCACAUAACAAUAAUAAGGCAUUGUGAAAUUGCUAAUAUUAGCUUUGUAUAAUUAUAGCCACAUAGGAUUCCCUAUAAAGGAUAUGUUAGAAAGAUUUAGUGAAAAGCAAAAGCAAAGCAUCAAUUCCUGAAAACUGUAUUAUGAGAAGGAUCUUGACAUACCCCUAAAACUACAUGUAAAAUUUGUAGAAAAAUGGAAAGAUGGGUUGAUCAGAUUCAGUAAAGUAUAUGAAUUUUCUCUUCUCUGGCUUAUAAAUUCAUCUGCAACUUUGGAAGAACACUGGGCCUUGAAAUUGAUGGAUUUUGAUGAAGUUUUCUCCUUUACUCUCCCCAACUAGGAACUUGAUGUGGUGGGAAGACUUUGGCACUAAAGUCAUAUGAGUCUUGAAUUUUGAUCCUGAGCCAACUAAUCACAGGUUAUAUGACUUCAGGAAAGCCCACUUCACCCAUUAGAAAGUUUUUUUCUUGUUGGUAAAUAAAAGUUCAAGAUAGAAUACAUUUUCAGUUAUUAUUAGUUCAUUUUUCUGACUUCUCUGUUUUCCUGAAAUAGAAUAGUAAGACUCAUGUUUAAAAUCUGCAUUUCUACUUCCUUUGUACACUGGAAACUGCUUUUGAUUGCCCACUUCUAUAACUGGUUUAUUUUUACUGUCUCUGACCCUGGUGGCCUUAUUCUUACUAUAUUAAAAUGCUUUUUGAAUACU